AAAUAGGUGUGGCCAACAGAGAACAACAAUCCCACAGGAAUAUAAAGUUGUCAUGUAACCUGUGAGUGUUUAUUUUGCAUGGCACAGUGCUGCCACCUGCUGGACUUUCAGGGAAAUGUUUUACGUUUACGUUAUUUAGUCAGUUUGUUUGUUAACGGCAGAGUAUACAUUGUGAAUGUCGUGUUCAGAUCGAGUUCUUCGACGCAAUGCCUCUAUGUAUACUUAAAAAUGAGCGUUUAUGUUAAUGUGUGUGAAACAAAGCAAGUUAUUCAUAGAUUUUAUGUUGUUCCUGAUUUGGCAGUUUCACUCCAUUCUACGUGAAUAAAGGAAGAGCUGUUUAAUCCUGACUCGCCUAAAAGGAGUUUGGCUGACCGUUAGCUUGGGUCGGGACGCCAUAGAGAGACCGUUACAAAAGUCCUCUCUGUCUCAGCUGAAAAUUCAUUUCAGGAGAUCGUAAGCAGCUGAGAACAUGGAGACUUUGAAGGAUUUUGGUUUCUUUCUUUUCUCCAGUCCCACCUCUGUACUUGGAGUAGGUCUCCUUUUCAUAAUCCUAUAUUUGGUGACUGUUGGUUCCUCCAGAGAAACAGGUAAAGAACCUCCAGGACCAAAGCCUCUUCCUCUGCUUGGCAACCUGCUGCAGCUGGAUCUCCAGAGACCCUACAAAACACUGUGUGAGCUUUCCAAGAAGUAUGGGUCUGUAUUUACAGUUUAUUUUGGACCGAAAAAAGUGGUUGUCCUAGCCGGGCACAGGACAGUCAGAGAGGCUCUGGUCGGCUAUGCAGACGAGUUUGGAGAAAGAGAAAUCGCACCGAUAUUUGCGGAUUUAACAAAACAUCAUGGAAUUAUAUUUUCAAAUGGAGAAACGUGGAAAGAGAUGCGUCGUUUCGCCCUCAGCACCCUCAGAGACUUUGGGAUGGGGAAGAGAGUUGCAGAGGAGAAAAUCUUAGAGGAGUGUGGGCACCUCAUUCAAGUGUUUGAGAGUUAUAAAGGGAAACCAUUCAACACAUCCCAAGCAACAAAUAAUGCAACAUCCAACAUCAUCUCCUCCAUUGUGUUUGGAAGCAGGUUUGAAUAUGAUGAUCCUCAAUUUAGAGACAUGAUUCGUCGAGUCACUGAGAAUAUUAAGCUAUCUGGCUCGGCAGGAAUCCAGCUCUACAAUACAUUUCCCUGGCUGGCUGGAUGGAUAAAAAGCCGUCAGGUUAUAUUAAAAAAUAUUGAAGAGACGGUGAGAGAAGUGAAGGAUUUAACCCAGAAACUGAAAGAGACACUCAACCCUCAGAAAUGCAGAGGACUGAUCGACUGUUUUCUGAUUCAAAAGCAGAAAGAAGAGGACUCUUGUGUCAAAGACACUCAGUUCACUGAGGAGAAUCUGAUAUAUACAACAUCAAACCUCUUUGCUGCUGGAACUGACACCACAGCUGCAACACUGAGGUGGGGUUUGCUGCUCAUGGCAAAGUAUCCACAAAUUCAAGACCGGGUUCAGGAGGAGCUGACCAGGGUGGUUGGAAACCGCGAGGUUCAUGUGGAAGACCGUAAAAAUCUGCCGUACACUGAUGCUGUCAUCCAUGAGAUACAGCGGCUUGGUAACAUUGUUCCAAUGUCGAUCCCACAUAAAACUAAACAAGACGUCACCUUUCAUGGAUAUUUUAUCAAAGAGGGAACUACUGUGAUUCCGCUGCUUGCUUCUGUUCUGUAUGAUGAGAGUGAAUGGGAGAGCCCUCACACCUUCAACCCUUCUCAUUUCUUGGACAAGGAGGGAAGAUUUAUCAAGAGAGAUGCCUUUCUGCCAUUUUCUGCAGGUCGCAGGACGUGUCUUGGUGAGAGUCUGGCAAAGAUGGAGGUUUUCCUCUUCCUCACCUCACUCCUUCAACGUUUUCAUUUCAAGCCUCCACCUGGAGUUUCUGAAGAUGACCUGGAUCUGACUCCAGCAGUGGGAUUCACCACUCCUUCUCCUCAUGAGCUCUGCGCCAUCAGUCGGCAGUGAAGAAUGAAACACUACAGUAUAGUUCAUCUCUCUACCAGAACCCGGAUGUCACUAUUACAUAUUUUCACUCUAUUUUAAGAAUUUGACAGUUUCUAUUUUUUUAGUUACAUGCUUUUUCUCUCCUGUAAAUUGUGUUCUCAUUUGUUCUAAGCAGAAAAAUUCUAACAGAAAUAAAGGUUUGAAAAUCUAUCUGUGUAGU